UGAUUAGAAAAGUUUACUUAACGUGAAGGGAAGUGCAAGUGCAUGAAGAAUGGUGAGAGUUGAGAGCCUAGUAUGAUUUGCCUAUGCUGUGCAACAAUAGCAUCAUAAAUUUCGAUGCUUCCUACGUGCUUGGCCAACAGAGAAAACUACAGUGGGAAUUAUGGAAGAUAAAUCUAAAUACAGAAGGUACAGAAAGGGUGUUUCAUCUCCCACAAGCACUUGUAUGCAUGGUUCCUAUGCAUCCAAAAAUAUCUCCACUUCUCAGUCAAAUGGGGAAGCAAAAGUUGCCUGCAAAAGUUGCAAACCAGAGUGUCUCUGUUGUUGUGUGUGCCUUAAUGUUAGUAGUUCAACUUUGGGAUCACAAAGUUCAAAGAAAGACUCUGGAAUAUGCCGUCCAGUGAGGAAAAUUGGAGCCAAAUUGUUCAAACUUGGUGAUCUUGGAAGUUCCAACAAAAAUGUGAAUUUGCUGAGUGGCCCAUUUUCUCCUUCAAUGCCUUCUUUCUCAGCCUUGCCUAGCACUAGCAGAUAUAACAAACGUGCGGUUCUCUGUGGAGUUUCUUACAAAAGGAAACUUAGGCUCAAAGGAACCAUGAAUGACAUCAGGAACAUGAAGGAACUUCUCAUCAAGAAUUUUAAGUUUCCAAAGGAUUGCAUUCGAGUCCUCACGGAACAAGAGCAGAAUGAGAAUUUAAUACCAACGAAACACAACAUAUUGGAAUCCUUAAGGUGGCUUGUGAAGGACUGUGAGGCAGGAGACUCAUUGGUGUUUUACUUCUCGGGACACGGUUUGCAACAGCCAGAUUUCAAAGAAGAUGAAAUUGAUGGGUUUGACGAGACUCUUUGUCCUGUUGAUUUCUUGAGAGAAGGAAUGAUCAUUGACAAUGAAUUAAAUUCAACCAUUGUUUGGCCCCUAAAGAAAGGCGUCACGCUUCAUGCUAUUGUUGAUGCUUGUCAUAGUGGAACAAUUCUUGAUCUUCUCUAUGUUUAUCAACGUGAAGAUGGCAUUUGGGAGGAUAACAAGCCCCCUUCAAAAGAACCUAUAAGAAAACAUACAAGUGGUGGAUUGGCGAUUUGUCUUAGUGCAUGUGAAGAUAAUCAGACAGCUGCUGAUAGUGCAGUAUUUGGUGGAAAGGGAAUGAAUGGUGUUCUCACUUAUCUUUUCACAAAAACAAUCCAAGAAUACCCUCAAAUAACUUAUGGACGUCUCCUUCAAAACAUGCACGACGAAAUUAAAAAGAUUAACCGAAGCAGAUGCAAUAACCGCUUAUUGCAACAUAUCUUCAAUCGUAAAAUUGCUCAGGACCCUCUAUUAUCAUCAUCGGAGAAAUUUGAUGUUUCUACGACAUUGUUCACAUUGUGAGAACGUAAGUUUCAAAAGACAAUCCUGCGAUGAGUUAUUAAUUGGUUGCAACACUAUAUUUUCUGAUAAAUAGUAUAGUCGCAGAAAGGCACCAGCAAUUAGAGCUAUCACAAUUCCAUACAGUCUCUAUAUAUUAAUUUCAACUCUUGCUCCUCAAAAUUGCAACUAGCAUUUCAUUUUCCUUCCUGAAUUUUCAAUUGAAAGUCAUCAAAUGUAGUGUGAGACAGAUUAAUUGAAAGCUAAGUGUGCCUUAAUACAAUCUUUCAUCACUUCUUGUACCUCGUUCUUCCAUU